CUCCUUGCCUACAGUCCAGUUUGAUGGAGACAUUUUCUCAAUUACGAUUUCCUCUUCCCAGAUGUCUAGAUUUGUGUUGUUUGCAAAACCCAACCAGGACAAUUACAUCAUAAAUUGGUUUUGUGUGCUUUUUGUUCUGGUUUUGUUUUUGUUUUUUUGAGACAAGGUAUCAUGUAGCCUAAGCUAGCCAUGAACUUGUGAUCCUCCUGCCUCUGCCUCCUGAAUGAUGACAUAAUAGGGAUGCACCACCAUGUUUGUGUACUUUCUCCCUGUUUUUGAACUUCAUUAUCAAGGGAACCAUACAUAUCUCCUUACUUGUGUUUUCUGUCUGCCAGUAGUUGAUAUACCUGCAAGAUUCACUCAUAUUACUGAUUGUAUUUGUCUAUUUUUCAUUGUUUUUUUCACAUUCUGUUAUUAUGGAUGGGCAUUUGUAUAGUUUUCAGGUUUAUUUUUACUUUUAGUGUGAGAGUGCCUUGAAUUUACUGUUAAGUCUGAGACAUCCAUCUUCUCUGAGAAGGGAGAAAGAGUAGCGCUGUAAAUGGUAAUUUCCCAGGUAGGAAGCGAGAACCAUGUGAGGUUAAGAACUGCACUGUGAUUGCAGCUGCUGUGCCAAGACCUCCCAGCUUAAUCCAGGAUGAGUGUAGGAGCUGCAAGGACAAGGGGGUUGGUCUGCCAGGGUCGGUUCUGACAGGCAAGACGGAGCGCAGGGUGCUAAAGAUACUACCAGCAGGCAGGUGAUGGAGGGUGGCUGUGGAGAGGGCGUGCAGAGAAGGAAAGGGAAGGAAGGUGGGAAGGAGCUGGAAGAGAAAGCAAGCAGAGGCCGACUGUGAUCUCUGUAUAUAGCGGUGUCUAUGAAAUUCCGGGUUCUAUCUCCAGUGACUGGCACUGAGUUGUGUUCAGGGAACCGGAGGUCUCAGGUAACAAGCAGAUGUGGCAGUGGUGAUGGAGAGAAACUGAUAAUUAUCGAUUAUCGACAGUGAGGUUGUGGUUUAGGAAAAGGGCAUUCCAGAGCAGAUGAUAAGGCUAGGGUGUUGGGCAUGGGAGCUGAAAGAUGCAUAAAGGUGUGUAUUAGGUGGGCCGUCCACAGGAAUGCAUAGUUCAUGCUGGAUGUGGACAAGGAAUAUUCAAGUAAGAGAUGCUGGGAUCAAGGAAGCCAGUAAAGGGAAUUCAGGACUUGAGGAGAGAGUCAAGGGUAGAAGGAUAACUUCUCGGUCCUAGCUUCCACUAUAGGGGGAAGCCCUGGCUGGGUAAUAGGACCUGAUGGUUUUCCCCAGGUCCAAGAGAAGGGCAACACCCAGACUGAGCAACCCCUUUGUGGAUAUAAAGAUGAUGCAGGGCCAGCUUCUUCUCAGGUCUUGGAGAAGCACAUAAUAUGUGGUUGGUCAAGCCCCACCAUUCAGCUCCUCUCUCCUCUAAGUUUCAUCAGAGUACUUAUUAUUCAGUGUCCUUCACUGGCACAAUCCCUGCAUUCACCCCCCACCCGCUUCAACACCCACAGAACCCUAAUUCCUAGCCCUUUUUAUGGUGAAUCUUUUCUCAGCAGCAUGACAAUCACUUUUGAACACCUUUCUUUCUUUUUUAAAUUUUACUUUUAUUUCACAUGUGUUGGUGAUUUGCCUGCAUGUAUAUAUCUGUGUGAAGGUGUCGGAUCCCCUGGAACUGGAAUUACAGUGUGAGCUGCUGGAAAUUGUUCCUGGGUUCUCUUAACCAUCACUCUUGGCACACCUUUCUAUCUCUGUGCCACUAGUCUCCAUUCUGGUGUUCAACUCCCUUCACAGGCAAACCCUGUGCCAACAACCUACUUCGGAGGAAAGCCCCUAGUCACCGCUUGUAGAGGCGAGGCAGACCGAGGUCGGGUGCCCCCUCUAGUCCGGGGAAUCAGUCCCGCCCCAUCCCGGCGGGUUGAGUCAGGAGGCAGGAACUGGGCGGGCGGGAGGCGCUGAGAGCAGCCGAAACCGGGGCCAGAGCCGCCGGCAGUGAGCUUGGAGCCCAACAGGGCCAGUACCAAAAGCCCCAGGCCAGCGGGACACAGUGGGUGAGCACCGGUCGGGACCGUCCGGAACCGACCAUGAACUCCAAGAAGAGAGGGAGCCCCGCGCGGACUCAUUCCAUGAUGUCCCUGUCGGUGCGGCCGCAGCGCCGCCUGCUCAGCGCCCGGGUCAGUAGGAGCCAGUCCUUCGCAGGCGUCCUCGGCAGCCACGAGCGCGGGCCCAGGAACUUCACGGUCUUCAGCCCACCAGGGCCCCCACGGAAGCCCCUAGUGCUCUCCCGAGUGUCGAGGAUGUUUUCCGUAGCUCACCCAGCCCCCAAGGUGCCACAGCCAGAGCGGCUGGACCUGGUGUAUGCUGCCCUUAAGCGGGGACUGACGGCCUACUUGGAAGUGCAUCAACAGGAGCAGGAGAAGCUCCAGCGCCAGAUAAAAGAAUCCAAGAGGAAUUCCCGCCUAGGCUUCCUGUAUGACUUGGACAAGCAAGUCAAGUCCAUUGAACGUUUUCUUCGACGACUGGAGUUCCAUGCCAGUAAGAUCGAUGAGCUGUAUGAAGCAUACUGUGUCCAGCGGCGUCUCCGGGAUGGUGCCUACAACAUGGUCCGUGCCUAUAGCACAGGGUCUCCAGGGAGUCGAGAGGCACGAGAUAGCCUGGCUGAAGCCACUAGAGGGCAUCGAGAGUACACAGAGAGCAUGUGUCUUCUGGAGAACGAGCUGGAGGCCCAGCUGGGCGAGUUCCAUCUCCGGAUGAAAGGGCUGGCUGGCUUUGCCAGGCUGUGUGUGGGCGAUCAAUAUGAGAUCUGCAUGAAAUAUGGCCGUCAGCGAUGGAAACUGCGAGGCCGAAUAGAGAGCAGCGGGAAGCAGGUGUGGGACAGCGAGGAGACUGUCUUUCUCCCUCUACUCACAGAGUUCCUGUCUAUCAAGGUGACAGAACUGAAGGGCCUGGCUAACCAUGUAGUUGUGGGCAGUGUCUCCUGUGAGACCAAGGACCUGUUUGCUGCCCUGCCCCAGGUUGUGGCUGUGGACAUCAAUGACCUUGGCACCAUCAAGCUCAGCCUGGAAGUCAUAUGGAGUCCCUUUGACAAGGAUGACCAGCCGUCAGCUGCUUCUACAGUCAACAAAGCUUCCACUGUCACUAAGCGGUUUUCCACAUAUAGCCAGAGCCCACCAGACACACCCUCACUUCGGGAGCAGGCCUUCUAUAACAUGUUACGGCGGCAGGAGGAGCUAGAGAAUGGGACAGCAUGGUCCCUGUCAUCUGAGUCUUCAGAUGACUCAUCCAGCCCACAGCUCUCAGGCACUGCUCGACACACAUCAACUCCCAAGCCCUUGGUGCAACAGCCGGAGCCCCUGCCCAUCCAAGUUGCCUCUCGAAGACCAGAGAUGCUCACUUCUGGCUCCAUGGAUGAAGAGCCAGCUGUGUCCCCAGCCCUAGUCAAUGGGCAUGCCCCUUACAGCCGGACUCUCAGCCACAUCAGUGAGGCCAGCGUGGAUGCUGCCUUGACUGAGGCUAUGGAAGUUGUGGGCUCAGAAAGCCUAACCCCAGGACCACUUGCAUAUCCAGAUUCCACCCAUGUGGAGCAUUUCAGUAGUGUUCCUCCUGUCUUAGACACUGGCCAUUCUGCCACAAGACCUACCCCCAGUACAACUGGCCCUUCCCCCACACUUACAGACCCUGCCUCAUCUACACAGUUAGACUCAGUUCACAAAGCCACAGACUCUGACCCUUCUGAGUUACCAAGCCUCACACAUGCAAGUUCUACCUACAGUGCUAUAAGCCCUAUCAACAGUGUCCCAAGCCUAACUUCCACUACUAUAGAUUCUAUCCACAAGCCUGUGCCCUCUACCCUCACCACUACAGGCUCUAUCCCCAAUGCUACAGACCCAGUCCAGGCUACCACAAGCCCUACUCCCACUACCCCAAGCCCCACUCAUACCACUAUAAGCCUCACCCACACUAUUGUAAGCCAGACACAUAGCACUCCAAGCCCCAUGCACACCACUCCAAGCCCCACCCAUACCUCUGUAAGUCCCACUUGCACUAUUCCAAGCCCUACCAAUGCCACUCCAAGCCCCAGUAACAGUACCACUAGCCCUCCUCAAAAAACUGGGAUGCCAACUCAUACCACUACAAGUCAUACCACCAAUGCUGUGGACCCAGCCUUGACCACUACGAGCCCCAUGUCUACAAUGGAAAGCCCCAACCCUGCUCUAGACCUUGCUCUAAUCUCCAGCUCCUCUGCAGACCCCACACUCCCAGGCACUAACUCUCUGCUCUGUAGUCACUCAGCCUCCACUCCCUACACUAAAGCAGACCCCACAGCAUCUUGCACCUCUUUCCAGAGUCUUGCUUGUUCUGGUUCAGAGGUUCCCACAAGCCCUGCCCCAAAUUCCCCAGAACAAAAUCUUAAACGCCCAAGUUUCUCUCCCUCAUCCAUAGCCCCUGCACCCCAACAUUCAGAACUUAGCCUGGCCACAGCUGCUCAAGCCCCAGUCCCCGAAGCAACUGGAGGAGCUGGGGACAAAAGGCUUGAAGAGGCUCUGGGGACCCUAAUGGCUGCCCUGGAUGACUAUCGUGGUCAGUUCCCUGAGCUACAGGGUCUGGAGCAGGAGGUGACUCGACUGGAGAGUUUGCUCAUGCAGAGACAAGGCCUGACUAGAAGCAGAGCCUCCAGCCUUAGCAUCACUGUGGAGCAUGCCCUGGAGAGCUUCAGCUUCCUCAAUGAUGACGAAGACGAAGACAAUGAUGGUCCUGGGGUCAGGCCCACAAGCAGCCCAGAGGCUGUGGCAGAGGACAGAUUAGACUCAUCAAAUGCCCAGUCCCUAAGCACAGGGUGUCCAGCCCUGGAUGCUACCUUGGUCCAGCACCUGUACCACUGCAGCCACUUCCUGCUGAAACUGGGCACAUUUGGGCCCCUGCGCUGCCAGGAGGCAUGGGCCCUAGAGCGGCUGCUGAGGGAAGCACGUGUGCUCGAGGAAGUAUGUGAGCGCAGCAAGCUAUGGGGGAACUCUGCCACCUCUGCCCAGGAAGUGGUGCAGUUCUCUGCCUCUCGGACUGGCUUCCUGACCUUUUGGGACCAGUGUACAGAGGGACUCAGCCCCUUCAUCUGCCCCGUGGAGCAGGUGCUCCUCACUUUCUGCAGCCAGUACGGAGCCCGUCUUUCCCUGCGCCAGCCAGGCUUAGCUGAGGCUGUGUGUGUGAAGUUCCUGGAAGACGCCCUGGGGCGGAAGUUGCCUAGGAGGCCCCAGCCAGGCCCUGGGGAGCAGUUCACCAUCUUCCAAUUCUGGAGUUACGUAGAAGCCUUGGACAGCCCCUCCAUGGAUGCCUAUGUGACAGAGACUGCAGAGGAAGUGUUACUGGUACAGAAUCUGAACUCUGAUGACCAGGCUGUUGUGCUGAAAGCCCUGAGGUUAGCACCUGAGGGGCGCCUGCGAAGGGAUGGACUUCGGGCUCUUAGCUCCCUGCUGGUCCAUGGCAACAACAAAGUCAUGGCUGCUGUCAGCACCCAGCUUCGGAGCCUCUCACUUGGCCCUGUCUUCCGGGAAAGGGCUCUUUUGUGCUUCCUGGACCAACUUGAGGAUGAGGAUGUGCAGACUCGAGUGGCUGGAUGCCUAGCUUUGGGCUGUAUCAAGGCUCCCGAGGGCAUUGAGCCCCUGGUAUACUUGUGCCAAACAGACACAGAAGCUGUGAGGGAAGCUGCCCGGCAGAGCCUACAGCAGUGUGGGGAAGAAGGACAGUCUGCUCAUCGACGGCUAGAGGAGUCCCUGGAUGCUCUGCCUCGCAUCUUUGGGCCCAGCAGCAUGGCCAGCACGGCAUUCUGAACUCUCUAAUCACCGGCUCCCAGUGUUCCUUCCCCCAUUUUCAGGGCUCACCAGGCACUGGCAGGGAGGGUGAGGGCUGGUUCCAGACACCUCUCCCCACAAAUUUCUAUCAAUGAAAAUCUAAUAUAUUCUGUUACCCCUGGGGUUGGUAGAGUGCCUGAAACGAAGUGCCUCCCAGCCUUGGUUCUGCGUAUCUUUUGCCACAAGUGUCAGGGGCCUGGCCGUAUCUUGCUCUGCCUCACCAUAUCCCUUGGUUUUAUAUUUUAUUUACAGAGUUUUACAGAAAAUAAAAAAGCAAAAUGUA